AAACUGACAUGAUCAGCAAUGUAGCUGCCUAGCAGAAGCAAGCAGGACCUCCCACCCCGUCCCUAUUUAAUAACCUUCAAUAAUACAAAUUCCUAUUAUGUCGACCGCCGCGGGGACGCAAAUUGGGUCGAUUGGAAGGCAUUGACGUCAGCUGGAGACCGUUGUCAUGUCCUGAAGCAUUCAGCGUUGCGGUCGUGGCGCUGGGGAGUGAGAGGCACGGGCUCGCAGUACCAUUCUAACCUUAGUCUGCUCGGUGUCAAGUCUGUCUGUGAUGUGAGCGAACUGUUACUGUUUGUCACAGUGCUGCAGAGUCGUGCCUAGCUGAUGGCCGAUGUACCAAAACCUUCGUUUAUUCGCCUGGAGCCGUUCAUUCAUCAAGUUGGUGGUCACUCAUCUAUGUUAUGCCUUGACGAAGCAACUGUUUGUAAGCCUUUAGUGAAAAGAGAGCUGCAGUUUUAUGAGACACUCCCAGAAGCUGUCAGCAAAUUUACACCUCACUUCUAUGGUGUUAUCCAAGUUAAUGUCCAGCCAGAAGAGGAAGGAUAUGUUACUCUGACAGCAAACGCUCCGAAAUUCUAUCAGCCUGUCUCAACAUCUCCAACUCGCCGCAGAGUUCGAUUACGAAGAACAGGCAGUAUCGAGGUUAGCCAGGAUGAUCACACAUUGUUUGAAGAAGAUUCACUGGAUGGAGAAACUCAACCAAAUAAUACUAGUCUGGCACUCAACCCAUGGGUGCUGAAAUGCCAUCGAGAUCAUCUCAGUACCAUUAUCAAUACCUGCACCACACAAAAUUUUAUUUUAUUAGAAAAUGUGGCUUCCCAGUUCACUUAUCCUUGCAUCUUGGAUCUGAAAAUGGGCACCCGCCAGUAUGGAGAUGCUGACACUUUGGCCAAAAAACAAAGCAAGAUGGUGAAAGUUGUCAGUACUACCUCUGCCAAGCUUGGUGUGCGUGUUGGAGGAAUGCAGGUUUAUCAAACUACCACUGGAAGGUUUUUAUGCAGAAAUAAAUUAUAUGGACGAAGCCUUUCUGUUAGUGGAUUCACUCAAGCUCUAUGUAAAUUUCUACAUAACGGAAAACGAUUACGAAUAGAUGUACUUGCUCCAUUAAUCAAAAGGCUGGAAGAAUUGCUCAGUGUUUUGCACAGACAAGAAGCCGUUCGUUUCUACACUGCAUCUCUUUUGCUCUUGUAUGAAGGAUUAGAUUUGUCUGACAAUUUGGAGAGGACAGAAACUUUAGAAGAUAAAGAUAAUCAGAGGAAAAAUAGUACAGGCCAUUUUAAGUUUGAAGAAGCCAUAGAAACAAAACAAAGCGAUAACACAGCUAAAAUAUCACCGGGAAGCUCUGGAAAUACCACUGUCUCACCAGCAGCUCAAGAUAUGGAAAGCAUUGUCAAUGCAUUUGAAGAAGAGCGUCAAAGAUCUGAACGUUUGCGGCACCGACGUAGCAGCAGCUGUGUAGCCCUUAAUGAUUUAUUGGCAGGCAGCUCCAACCUCUCUGUGCCUUCCUCCCCAAGUCCUUUGCAAAGCACUGCCCCUAGAACACCCACUGUGGAUGUACGAAUCAUAGACUUUGCACAUUCAACUCACCAGGGCUUGGCUGAUCCUGUGUCUUACACUGGACCUGAUUCAGGAUUUAUUUUUGGUUUAGAAAAUAUGAUAUCUAUUCUUAAAAAUAUUGAAAGAGAUAACGGCUAAGCAAAUUAGACUUUGUUGGAUUGCUACUUUUUGGGAGGUUUCUGAUUCUUAGAUUUUGGGAAUUGUUUAGCAUUCAAAUAACACCUGCCUUCCUGGAUUUUAUUGGGUUUUCCAUGAGGAUAGGCCACCCUUCUCUGAAGGUUUCUCUUCGCACAGUAUUGGUUUUCUCACUGUAAUGUUAUCUUCUUUGUUUUUCUCUGCACUAUUUGUUGUCUAUAAGUUGUCUUUCCUUUACGUUUGUAUAUGUGCUCAUGGUAUUGCUAUUGGAAUGCAGGUCUGUUAACAAAUUUUGCUCAUGUAUUUUUGUUCUCUAAAACCUUUUUGAUAGGAUGAUUAUCAACUUUGAUGUUCUGCAAACUUUCUCCUGAGAACCUGAUCAGGUCAGGAUAUGAGACAUGAGCCCUAGUUUGUCUUUUUCACUAUAUGUGUAGAAAUAUGUUGUCAUAUCCUAUUCCCACUUAAAAAAUUUUGAUGAGGAAACAUUGCGUGUCAAGUGUUUACUUCCGUUGUCAAAAAAAUAUUUUAAUAAAUAAAAUAAUUAGGAAAUCUAAACAUGACAGAGAGGUGAAUCAAUAAGUUAAAAUCAAUACAUUAUGAUUUGACUGUAUAUUGUUGAUAGUGCCUUAUGUUUGAUAUACAUUAUAUAUACUCAUUUAGCUCUCCUAGUUAAAAUGAGCUGAGAAAGAAACAACUUUGUCAGUUAGGUGUAGAUAGUCAAUUAACAGCAUAAUCUGCCUUAAUAAUGACUUCAUUUUUUAAUACACAAUUUUAAAGCACUUUUGCAUUUUGCUUUUACUACGUAUCGUUAGUUGCUAAAUCGAAAGAAGACUUGUCACUUGCUCAAACUAGCCAAUUUCGACAGUGCUCAUAUUUUAAUCUUGUGGAAAAGAUAAAGAAGCAUUCUUUAAGUAUUUAAGAGUUGUUUGGGUAUCUGUUGAUUGAGACAAUCAAUAAAAAACAUAUCUCAUCAAAGCAUUCCACCAAGUUUGCAGUGUACUAUUCUUGUUGUAAUUGUGUUGCUACUUCUCAAUACAUCUGUAUGAAUUGAAAUAAUGCAAAUUUUCAUGUGUUGGUAUUUUAAAUGAGAAGUGUUUCAAUCAACUGGAUCAGCAUGAUCCAAGCAGUAAAUGCACUGGUUUUGUCCUGGUGGUGGAUGUUGCCUCCUAUGCGUGUUUAAUUUAACUAUUACCACAGUCUACAGAGCAAUGACAAUGUCCAUGCCCCAUGCCCAUGCACAGAGUUUGUCCUUCAGAUGACCAUUGAGAGCCCCUCGCAUAACAGGUGACUGAUGCUACUGCCUAACCAAAUGUUGAUGGAAUGUUUCAUUACUUUGUAUAUUGAACUGUCCUUUAAUUAAGGUCACAAGAAUGAAGUGGAAUUCCUCUUCUCUAUUUUAUUAAUGUGAGUGCUCUCUGUCAGCACAUACCAAAGGAAUUAGCUGAUGGAUUCUCUAACAUGUCUUUGAAUGUGACACUGUAAAUGAAGCCAAAGAAUCUUAUUUGUUUAGUAUGCUUCUAGAAACUUUGUUACUAUAUUAUUGUACCCAUAGUUUAUAAGAAGAAAAAAAAGGUGAAUUCGUAUCAUCAAUUUGUAAGUUUGAUGACUCAAAAAAAUCACAAAUGACAAAUUUUUGAUAAAAAUUGCCAUUUGUUCAACCUGUACUAUAGGUGAAUAAUGAGUACCCUGUACUUUAAAAUAGGAAAGUUACUAUUUCAUUUUUCAGUUGCCUUUACCGUAUUCUUUUGGACCGCUUCCAAUUUUUUAAGAAACUUAUUUAUGUACCUGGGCUACUCUACCAUAACAUCAUUCUGUAUUGAAAGGCUAAUACAAAAUCACAAGUGAAUUUGUGAAUUCCCUACUCUUCUUUCUAGUUUUUAAUAACAAUAUUUAAGUAACAAUAACUUUAAGUCAUAACUUUCCAUUUUUUUUAUUUCAUCAGGUGAAGAGGAGAGGAUUAAAAAGUGAAACAAAAUA